UCACAACGUGCAAUGUCUUGCCCCAGUUAUCAGCAUGUGCCCUCUUUAAAUCUUUGUACACAAUGAUUUGCUGUUUUAUGCUACGUCUCUUCCUUUCUACCCGGUAUAUAAAGGGCCUACAUGUGGUCUGCACAGGUAACGCUGUUUUACGUGAAGUUUGAGAGCACAUGGGCCAGGCUGGCUGAAUGUGAGGUCAAAUAUUCCAACGGCAUGACUGGCAUAUGUUUAUUUGCACAGCACCACGACUUGAAAUAGACGCUUGGGCCUGCGGGUUUCUUUUUGUGCGGUAAUAUUAUAGCUUACAAGCGCUUCGGGCUUUUUCCAUUCAAAAUGCCUUCACUUUCAAAAAAGAUUGUGAAAUUCUUCGUGAUCAGCAUUCAAGCAGCGUUCACACUGAUUAUAGGCCUCUUUAUUCCGAAUUUUGUAAAACGUUUCAUAGUGCGACGCAGUUUUAGGAAUGAGAAAAACCCCAAAAUGGUCGAAGUUUUUACAGAUAUCGAUGGAUUUGCGUCCUCCUUGUUCACGUGGACACAAGUCUCUCAACGCUGGCAGAGGCAGAUGCAGUUUCUUUUCUCAACGGCAGACAAGGGUAAUUACGCGCCUAAUGUCCCACUUUUCCGCCUGAAAGACAGAUCGAAAUGUCGUCUGCUUGAUUUUGCCAAACCGGGGCGCCCUCUGGUGCUCAACUUUGGAAGCUGUACCUGACCCCCGUUCAUAGCAAAAUUGGACGCCUUCAAGGAGUUGGUGACCAAAUUUGCCGAUAUCGCUGACUUUAUCACUAUCUACAUCCAGGAGGCGCACCCAUUUGAAGGAUGGUAUGUCGCCUCAAAAUAUAACUUGCACCAUCAUAAAACUUUGGAAGAUCGUUUUCAAGCGGCGGCCAUGUUGGAGGGAGAAAACCUGCCCUGCCCAUUACUUGUUGAUACUAUGGAGGAAGCCGCGCAGAUUGCUUACGCUGCGCUACCUGAGAGGUUGUACAUCAUCAAAGAUGGACGGGUUGCAUACGAAGGGGGGUUUGGACCUGAAAACUACAAGUUGGAGGAAGUUGAGGCAUGGUUGCAAUCAUAUUAGGCGAUACCUGUUAUAUACGUUGUAUGCAGUGCAUGUCUAUUCAAGUAAACACAGAAGUUAACUGAUAGAUUUCAAUGACAAAAAUUUAAAAGAACGCUAAAACCACGAACCUAUCCAUCGACGAACCGAAAGUUAGCACAGUACUGACAUGUUCAAGUACCAUUAUAUCCCCUA